AUGUUACACCUGUACGGUAAUGGCGUCGAGGACAAGAUCACGUCGUUGUUCAGCCGGAGGGGCAGCGGGCUUGCCCGGGGACAGUCCAAGGAGAACCUUCGGGUCGAGGACUACGGCUACGGCCGCUUCUCUGACCACACGACCGAGGAGGGCGGCGUGUGCUCCAGCGAAUCCAGCCUGUUCCGAAGGGUGAGGGACAUGUUACACCUCUACGGUAAUGGUGUCGAGGACAAGGUCACGUCGCUGUUCAGCCGGAGGGGCAGCGGGCUUGCCCGGGGACAGUCCAAGGAGAACCUUCGGGUCGAGCGGUAUCUUGAUGUGCAGAAAUUCCAGGAUUUUGGGACACCGAGUGCUCCCCCAAUUGCACGAGAUGGGGAGGUGGAUGGCAUUUUCGAUGCAAUUGAGGCUUUGAGAAGACAGAGAUCUCAUCAGUGGCGGAUAUACUGGCUCAAGAUGUUCAUGAGCUUCCUACGAGUAAGAAAGAUACGUGUUGUACCGCAAAGACCAAAGCUUCGCGCAACAUCAUCCUUUAGAAAUCUCUACAUGCAAGCUGGUCGCGAAUAUGUCAAACAGAUUUCUAAAAUUCUGAAGAGCCAGGUUACUAUUCUGUCAUCCACAUCAUCUACAUAUUUUCCUGAAGCUAUGGAAUUGCAGCAGCGAGCUAACUCUUCCCUGCAUUUUUUGGGUCAAGUCUUAGCCAACACCUAUGGGAAGAGGCCUAUUUUACAGUCUCACAAUCCAAGUGUAAGAGUGGAAACGAUCUCCUUCAUGCCCCUGUCAUGUCUACUUCUUUAUCAACUCCAACUUCCGUUAUGUGCUCUAGCAUACACAGCCUGCAGGUCAAACCUAGAAGGAUUUACACUCUCUCGUCGACGUUUUCUUUUCUUGUUGCACCGGUGUGGCAUCGCCUUUGGACAAGCCCUUUGUCUCGAUUCUCCCUUUGCAGCUCAGCUCCACCGACCAGAUGAUGAUGGCUGACAAAGAGCUCGAUGUCCAUGGCUCGCCGGGUUCCGCUGGCUCCACUAACAGCUGUGUGCGGGGGCUUGCACAGGAUACCCAGCAAGUGUUUAGGAUUCCACACAGGGCAGUUCUUGACAUGCUCCUAGCACACCUUGGCCUAUCACCGGCUCAGUAUGAACAUGUUGUUCAUGAGGACGACAAGAUCCAUGUGACCGUCUUUUUCAACACCUCUACGUUGGGUCCUGGAGGACCAAUCAGUAUGAAAGUGUCAUGUCGUCAUUCCUACUGGUCUAUUUUAUGCCUAAGACAUGCAAAGUUGUGGAUCGUCUGUAAGCUACCAUGUGCUAUCGUAUCUCCUAUGCCUAUGAUAUUUGCUAGUAAACCUAUCGUGCAACGUGCUUUCUAUGUCCGUACAUUGUUAGGUGGCUUCUUAUUGUGUGCAUACAAAUGAACCUUAUUUCUGAAUGAUUCUUCAUUAGUUUUUUUA